AUGGGUUACAAAUUAAAAAAAUUCAAUGGAUAUACUACUGAAGAUCCCGAAGAACAUAUUGAAGAAUUUAGAUUGUGGCUUGCAGGUUCUGGAAUAGAUGUAGGUGCUGGCCAUGCUAAUAGAAUUAAUGUUCAUGCAAAUUUAGUCGAUGUUCAAGGAAGAAAUACCAGUCAAAUUGAAGUGCAGGCCUUAAAUCGUGCAAACAGGCAGAAUGGAAAUGUUAUAAUUCCAGCUCAUACAGUAAUACUGUGGUUGUACCUGGUAUUUGACUUGGACAAGUAUUAUACUGAUUUAAAAUCAACUAUUCUACAGUUACGGCUGAAAAACAAUGGAUACUUUUUGGUUCAACUGUUCAAGGAAGCGAUCCAGUUGGCCAUUUCUAUUCUAACUUAUAUGGAAGUUCGUCAUUUAGAAAUUGAAAAAUCAUCAGAUGAAUUGCUUCUGAAACUUGAAGAAAUUGAAAGAUAUACAGCAGAACAAUUAUCUGGAGCUUACUUGCAUUCAAACUCAGAUUCAGUAGCCAGUAAAGGUCAUGGAAAGAAUAAUUACUCAAACAAUACAGGUAUGACCAAAGAAAAAAUUGAAAAUCCGAUAAAAGGUAUUAUGGCAUCUUCACUAUCUCAACCUAUCUCACAAACUAUCUCUUCUAAAUCUCAGGAGAACCAGAUCACACUUUCACAAAACAAUUUCAAAAAAAUUAUAGCAGGUUUGAAAGGAACUAUUGCUAAAGGACAACAAACUUUGAAGAAACCUCCAGACCAGGAAAACAAAAAGCUAAUGAUCUUGCUAUAA